AUGGCAGGUGAUUGGGCUGCGGGUCUGCAGGUAAUGGAGCGAACCUCGACAACAGAGUUAUCAGAUGAGCCCGACGACAUGUCGAUCCAUCCAGCCAUAUCCCAGGAACCGCCGAACUGGCCUCCCACUUUGGCUCCACUGCGUCUGCAACAAAAACAUCCAAUGAUUGAUCUUCCUCGCCGUUUUUCAAUGAAAGUCUUUACAUGUGUCCACUGGGUGAAUAUCAGGUCAUUACUGGGUCACUGUCCGGCUCCUCGUCUUUCCUCUUUCCCUGUCGACUGGAACGGGACCCUCUUUUCCGAUGGUGGAUGCUUUUGGGGGUUAACGGAUUUCUCUUACUCAUGGCUUUCCCCUCCACUGACUGACCUUUGGACUCAAGCACACCAUGGAGUCAACUGCAGCUCAGCCCCAACAAUAAUGAUGAGCAAUUCGGGUCUUGAAGUUUAG